AAAAUGUAAAGUACAUCAAAAUAAUUAUUUUUAAUUAAAUUAAACUGAAUAACUUUGCAAGAUGGCAACAAAUCUGUUUUCUCUUGCUAUAGUGUUAUUUAUCUCUACUUCAGGUGAAUCAGCGCAUAUUUUGCAUGGAUCUCGAAUAUUAGGAGGAGAAAAUGCAAAACUCGGAGAUGCUCCUUACCAAGUAUCAUUAAGAGAUAAUUUUGGACAUUUUUGUGGAGGUUCUAUCAUCAGUGAAAAUUUCGUGAUUACAGCUGCUCAUUGCCUUGAUGGAUACACAGUAAGCAAAUUUAAAGUAGCAACUGGCACAAUCGAGUAUGGUAAAGGAGGUGACGAAUAUAAAGUUAUCAACUUUGUUGUCCGGGAUGACUUUCAAUAUGUAAAAUUAGAAAAUGAUAUUGCUAUAGUACAAAUAGAUGGAUCCUUCAAAUUUAAUGACUACGUGAAGCCUAUAAAAUUGCCAAAUGAGGAUACUAAAGUUGGCACAGAUGUUGUCUUAACUGGAUGGGGAAAAAUGGAAGGCGGUAAAAAUCCAGAAACUCUACAAAUCUUGAACUUAAAAACAAUUGAUCAAGAAGAAUGCAAAAAUGCUUUGGCAGAAGUAAACACAGUUCUUCCAAGUCAAAUUUGUACCUAUGUUGGUGUAGGCAAAGGAGCUUGUCAGGGAGAUUCAGGCGGUCCCUUGGUAUCAAAUGGAGAACUCAUAGGGAUCGUUUCUUGGGGCAAACCAUGUGCAGUAGGAAAACCAGAUGUCUUUACCAGAGUAUAUUCAUAUCGUGAUUGGAUUAAAAGAUACACCGGAGUAAUUAUGAAUAAUUCUGAUCCAAUUAAGAAUGCCAAAAAAUACAAGAAAGUAGUUGAUAGUCGAGUCGUUGGUGGUGUCAAUGCUGCCAUUGGGGCAGCUCCUUACCAAGUAUCCUUAAGGUCUAGCCAAAGACAUUUCUGCGGUGGUGUCAUCAUCAGCAGCACAUGGGUUCUUACUGCUGCUCACUGCCUUGACCGCCAAGAUGCAUCCAUCGUGGUCGCAGUUGUUGGAACAAACACCUUGAACAGUGGUGGCGUAAGUUACAAAGCUAAACAAUUGUACACCCACGAAUUGUACAACUAUCAAGAAUUUUAUAACGACAUUGGUUUAGUCCAGCUGGCAUGUCCAAUCCAAUUUACCAACUUGGUAAAACCAAUCCCAAUGGCUAGCUUUAAUACACCUGCUGGAACCAGAGCAACUAUGACUGGAUGGGGAUACUUAUCGGCUAACGGACAAAUCCCCAACAGCUUGCAAACCAUCGACUUGAACAUAAUUUCCCACCAAGAAUGUUCUCAAUCAAUGAACCAAUUACGACCAAUUAUCACUUCUCAACUCUGCACAUUUGUGUCAUUCGGAAAAGGAACAUGCAAUGGUGACUCUGGUGGCCCAUUGGUAGCCAAUGGACAAUUAGUUGGUCUGGUGUCUUGGGGAAGACCAUGUGCCCUCGGCUUACCAGAUGUUUUCACCAAAGUUUACGCUUACCGCGAUUGGAUCAAAAAAUACACUGGAUUCUGA